UGUUUGUGUGCCUGUGCGUGUGUGUGCCUGUGCGUGUGUGUGUGCCUGUGCGUGUGUGUGUGUGUCUCCAUACCUUGACGUGUGGUCUGGACAGCAGUCUGAGCAGCUCUGUGGUGUCUGGGUCCUCAGAGGCCUGCAGCUUCUCCAGCAGCUGCAACACAACAACACACGCUUACCUCCACCCUGGGAAUCUCCACUUUGGGUUUAUCUGCUCUGGUAGACAGGUCUGGCCACCCUCCCAUUCAAACUGAUUUCUUUCCGACUAGAAUCUGAUCUGGCCAAUCACAACCAUUUAUCUGAUACGGGCGGUGUUUGAUCACUACGAUCACUAUACAGUCGGGGCGGCUGUGGCUCGGGGGGUAGAGAGGGUUGUGGGUUCAUCGCAAGGUUGGCGGUUUGAUGCUCGACUCCUCCCAGGCCAUGUGCCGAAGUAUCCUUGAGCAAAACUCUGAACCCCAAUUUGCUCCCAAUGGGCAGAGCGGAGCCUGCAUGUCCGUAUGUGUGAGUGUCAGUAUGAUGGGUGGUGAAUGAGAGGCAAAAUUGUAAAGCGCUUUGGGUGCUGCCAAGGUAUAAAAACGCUCUAUAUAAAUGCAGUCAAUUUACCAUUUACAGAGGAGGGUGUUUGUCAACAACCCGGGUGACAUUUCAGUCGUUGGUCAUUGCUGUGUGACUUGCAGUCAGUGUGUUUGGGUGAGACUCACGUCGCGGAGCAGAGCCUGUGUGUCGGCCUGGACAGGAACCGGCCUCCUGUCCUCAAACAGCCUCAGACGCUCGUGAACCUGUCAGGGGCGACAUACUCUCUGUUACCUCUCUCCUCUCCACAUGACCCUUCAUCCAGGUAACCUUCAAGAAGGCCGGCUCAGAAAGGCCACCAGGUCAUCCCGAACACUCGGAGAGCUCCGGAACACUCGGAGAGCUCCGGAACUGUCGGAGAGCUCCGGAACCCCUUCUGCGUGUUCUGGAACGUCUGGGAGAGCGGAGCAGGUGCAGUCUCCGGUCCUUCAGCAGACUGUGCAGGAACCUGAAGUCCUCGUCUCUCUCUAUCCCAGACAUCUCCUCACACAUAUCUGGAGCAGAGCAGACCAGAGGGAGGUACCACUCACCAGAGCAGGGUCUGCCCCUGGUCUCCGAGGCCAGGAUGGGUGCUUCUCCUCUGGGCGUAGUGGGUCUGGCCUCUCCCCUCCUGGUACCAGAGCUCCAGCUGGCAGAGUGUCCUACAUUCACCAUGCAGGCAGAGGGAUCAAUGCAUGCAAUCUGGUACUUCCUUUGAGACACAGAAGUAGAAAGAUGGCGGCGGUCAGUAAGUAUUUGACAGCCAAAAACUCUUCCAUAGCCAGUGGUGUAUUACUGUUAUUGUACCUUCUGAAGCGGAGGAGACAAGCGGCCAAGUUAAAUGGGGGAAAGCAACCUUCAGAGGCUGAGAAAAUCAAAAAUCAGGACAGGCGACAGGAAAGGACCAUGGUGGAUAAGGUGUUCUUCACGCGCAUCCUGAGCAUCAUCAAGAUCAUGGUUCCUAGGGUCGUCUGCAAGGAGUCAGGAUACUGCCUCCUGAUAGCAGUCAUGCUGGUGGCCAGGACUUACUGUGACGUCUGGAUGAUCCAGAAUGGCACCAUGAUCGAGAGUGGGAUCAUUAGCAGAGAUGUCAGGCUCUUCAAGAGGCAUUUUUACUCCUAUAUCGCAGUCAUACCUGGGAUCUCCCUGGUGAACAACUUCCUGAAGCUGGGUCUGAACGAGCUCAAGCUGUGCUUCCGGGUCCGGCUGACCCAACACCUCUACGACCAGUACCUGCAGGGCUACACCUACUAUAAGAUGGGUAACCUUGACAACCGCAUUGCCAACCCAGACCAGCUGUUGACACAGGAUGUGGAGAGGUUCUGUAACAGUGUGGUGGACCUGUACUCAAACCUGAGCAAGCCUCUCCUGGACAUCGGCCUGUACGUCUUCAAGCUGACCUCCGCCAUCGGAGCCCAGGGUCCAGUGUGUAUGAUCUCCUACCUGGUGUUCUCUGGGCUGGUGCUGACUCGGCUCAGGAGGCCCAUAGGCAAGAUGACCGUUACAGAGCAACGCUAUGAGGGAGAAUACCGCUACGUCAACUCACGACUCAUCACCAACAGUGAGGAGAUAGCCUUCUACAAUGGGAACCUGAGGGAGAAGCAGACCAUCUAUUCUACCUUCCACAAGCUGGUGGAUCAUCUGCACAACUUCAUCAUCUUCAGGUUCUCUAUGGGCUUCGUGGACAGCAUCAUUGCCAAGUAUAUCGCCACCGUGGUUGGCUACCUGGUGGUCAGCAGACCCUUCCUAAACCACGCCCACCCUCGCCAUCUACACAGCACGCAUGCUGAACUGCUGGAGGACUACUACCAGAGUGGGCGCAUGCUGCUCAGCAUGUCUCAGGCCCUGGGAAGGAUCGUCCUGGCUGGCAGGGAGAUGAGCAGGCUGUCUGGGUUCACUGCUCGCAUCACAGAGAUCAUGCAGGUCCUGAAGGAGCUGAACUCAGGGAAAUAUGUGAGGACCAUGGUGUCCCAGCAGGGCAGAAAUCAUGAGUUGCUGGACAGACUCACGCUGGUACCAGGAAGUGGGGAGAUCAUCCACGCUGACAGGAUCAUCAGGUUUGAACACACUCCUUUGGCCACACCGAACGGAGACAUCCUCAUCAGAGACCUCAGCUUCGAGGUGCGUUCAGGCACCAACGUGCUGGUGUGUGGACCCAACGGCUGUGGGAAGAGCUCUCUGUUCAGAGUGCUGGGGGAGCUGUGGCCCCUGUUUGGAGGUCGUCUGACGAAGCCUGAGAGAGGGAAGCUCUUCUACGUCCCCCAGAGGCCCUACUUGACGCUGGGAUCACUGCGAGACCAGGUGAUCUACCCCGACACUGUUCAGGACCAGAGGAGGAAAGGGAUUUCAGACCAGGUGUUGAAGGAGUACCUGGAUAACGUGCAGCUGGGCCACAUCCUGGAGAGAGAGGCCAGCUGGGACUCAGUCCAGGACUGGAUGGACGUGCUCAGUGGAGGAGAGAAGCAGAGGAUGGCUAUGGCCAGGCUGUUCUACCACAAGCCCCAGUUUGCCAUCCUGGAUGAAUGCACCAGUGCUGUCAGCGUGGAUGUAGAGGACUACAUAUACAGCCACUGUAGGAAGGUGGGGAUCACACUGUUCACCGUGUCACACAGGAAGUCCUUAUGGAAGCACCACGAGUUUUAUCUGCACAUGGAUGGGCGGGGCCACUACGAGUUCAGACCCAUCACCAAGGAGACAGUGGAGUUUGGAUCCUAACGACCGUUGUCCAGCACCUCAUCAUCACACAUACUGUUGAGAAGGGGGGGGGGGGGGGGGGGUAAUAGAGAGGUGUCUGAAUGUUACUGUAUUACAUAAAGCUUUCACAGCACAGUCAGAGCGCCCAAUCAGAGCCGUCCUAACAAGUUACUGUAGACAGAUCUGCCAAUCAGAGCCGUCCUAACAAGUUACUGUUGACAGAUCUGACAGAUCUGACAGAUCUGACAGAUCUGCCAAUCAGAGCCGUCCUAACAAGUUGGACUGUAGAGCCGCUGUGUGAUGACUGGUUUAACCUCCAGGGGGCGCCUCUCCUGUUUCUCAGAUCAUCCCCCCAGACCUGUGCCAUUAAACCUACAUGCCUGGCUUCUUUGCCUUGGUCCCUAGCCUAACGUCCGAGCGUAACAUCCUAGCCUCCUUGCCUAGCUUCCUGGCCUGGCUUCUUAGUCUCACACAAAGCAGACUGCAAUGUGGUGUCUUAUUGCCAUGUUGGCCUCUGAUGGCUGACCUACCACCUGUUAAGUAGACCUAGGGGUCAAGGGUUGGAGGUCACCAGGGUCAAGAAGGAACCAGCUCACCUGUGUCAUAGAGGAUGUGUGUGUGUGUGUGUGUGUGUGAAUGUGUGUAUGUGUGUAUUUAAACAGAUACUGUGCUGAGAAGCUAGCCUUACCUCCCAUGUUGUGCCUACAACAGGGUUUUUAUGGUUACAUAAGAGUCAACAAGAUAAAUGAUGUCAUCUUUAAUGUUUGCCUAAAGCGUGUUAAUGACUGACCCCACCCUGAAGUGCAUUCUGCAUAGCUACAUUAAUGUACUGCACUAAGAAUCAACCUAUGAACUCCCUGUAUAACGUUUAGUCUGGAUUACAACACAGUCCAUACAGUGUGGAUUAUAUGAGGUACUUGUAAGUACAUAUGGACUUUCCUACAGUGAACCUGGCCAGUUGCUGCCACAGUGAACUGCACAGUGUGUCAUCUUUUUAAACUGUCCUGUUAGACUGUAAUGUGUUCCUCUAAAGGAGGCUGAUGAUGAUGUGAAUGGUUGUUACCAUGGUGAAGUUGAAUGGCUGUAAAAUGAACAAUAGGUUUAUAUUCAUUUAGUUGAUUUAAUAUAUUUCUUGAAAACAACCUGUGGUCUCGGUCUCUUCUGGUUGUCAUGGUGACCUGGGAGAACAGUGUGUUGUCAUGGUGACCUGGGAUAACAGUGUGUUGUCAUGGUGACCUGGGAGAACAGUGUGUUGUCAUGGUGACCUGGGAGAACAGUGUGUUGGUGUCAGAAGACAGGAAACAGACCUGUGAAUUUCUGUGCUUUUAUUUUAUUUGAUGCUUUUCACUUUGUACGGUACUACUUACAAUACAAAGUACUUACAUAUUACAGUACAAGGUACAAAGAUGUAAAUCCCAUCAGAUCACACUGUAUGCAAUAUUUAAUAUUCAAAAUAGUCUGCAACCCAAAAUAAUCUAAAGAGUCUCUGUAGGUAGGGAUGCACCAAAAUGUGAAAAUGUUGGCAAAAAUGGCAGUUUGGGCUGAAAAAG